AGGAAAGAGAUUCGUGAAAAUUUCCAAAAAAUGAAAGCUGAAGGUUCCAACUUACUCCAGCUGGAAGAAGAGCUUAUAAAAAGAAGAAAAGAAGAAUUAAGAUAUGCACAGGAUGUCAGAGAGCAUUAUGAAAGCAAGUUGAACAAUUUGUAUAUAGAAUUAACAGCUUGUAUGCUGCAACUGGAAAAGAGGGAACGGGAGCUCAUCAAGCCAGACUCUAUGAAAAACACAGAAGGGAGCAUGACAACUAGCUCUGAGCUGGUACCACCGUCUCCUACGAAAUUGCGCACCAGGAAGUCUCGUCAUCGUCGGAAUAACAGCAGAGGGUCUAUGAAAGACAUUACCUCUGCUCAAAUCUCAAUCUACAUAUGAAGCAUCACUGGACACCCAAACAUCAGACAAACUUAACCCUGCAGGGCUUCAUCCUACUGACCAUGCACCCUAUCCUGGGACAUUUAAAUUUUUGGGACCUGCCACUGCAAUCGGGGAGUAUCGAAGUGAAGAUGAAGCUGAUGGCCAAGAGACAAGGUUAACUCAUAUGGAAAACAACAUGAAGAAACGUCAGGAGUGUUGUAGCAGAAACUUAUCCACUUCUGUCACCAGGCACUUGCCAAUCUCAAAACACUCACCUGUAAGUAAACACCAGCAUCAACACAGAACUCUUCAUCCUAUCAAGACAAUAACAUUAAUGAUGUCUGCUUUGGCUGUGAUGGUGGCUGCAGUGAUGCUACUUGUAGCAGAAAUGCUCAUCCCAGUCAGUGCAGAUGUGGAGUGCACAUGUGACCUAUCCCCUCUGUCCAGCCCAAAACAGAACUUUGAAACUAUGAGUGAAAAAUCAUCUCCGGAUAUUGACCUCUCAUUCCGACCUGAAACUGGGUCAGGUUCAUGUUCUUGUUCACCGGUUACCUCUCCUGCUGACAUACUGGAGGAUCAAUCAAAUCCGGUGCGAGAAAAAGACUCAUAUGAAAAUUUAAAUUACUAAUCAAUAGCUCAGCCACUGAAAGUUGUCAUUUAACAUCUGGUCAACUUGAGGAAUCUCUCCAAGACAGUCCUACUACCAACUCUAACAACACACAGUCUGUGCAACAAUACAAAUUUCAACAAUCAACUUCUGGCUGUCAACUCUGGCUUUAAACGUGUACAUAGCAGUCAGGAUAUGAGGGGACAGAAGAAUAGAAGCCCCUCCAGAAGGAUUCUUGAAUCUGAUUUGAUGAAGAAAGGAGUUAUGAAAACAUUAGAGGAUACAAUGCGCUAGGAAAUUUAGAGACCAACUGUUUCCAAAGUGGAAUAGAAAAAAGAAAUGAGUCACCAGAGAAGACCAAUGCUCCGAAGAAGUUUAGAAAUACAAAGCACUCUGAAGAUUCAUGCUCAGAAGAAGUAGGAGACGUUAGUGAGGAUGAUGAAUCAAGUAGCCACCCUCCCUGUCAUCAGUCUCACUCAACUCUCAGUUCUGAAGGUGUGUUGUCUGAGGAGGACAUGACUAGCAAUCGCUCUGGUCAUCAAGAUGGCAGUGGUGAUAAUGGCUUGUUGUCUACGGGUAGUGCAGAAAAUUUACAAGCAGAGUUGACAAAGUUUACAAAUAUACCUGAUGGGUUGUCCGACAGGGAGAAGACUAUCAGGAAGAUGAAGAAUAAAGUCAACUCC